AGCGGAUUUCCGGUUCCUGGAGCAACGAACGGUCGCGGCGGCGACAGCUACCGCUUCGGAGGAAGCGGCUGCGGAGAAGGAAGAAGGGAAGCUGGACGGGGCGGGAGUCAAAACCGGGGCCCUCGUCAUGGGUCCGCGAACCUAGAGCGGCGGAAGGUACCGGCCGGGAGCCGAGCUGGCCGCUGUUCCUUCCUGUGGCCCCCAUGGCUGAGGACUGGCUGGACUGCCCGGCCCUGGGCCCUGGCUGGAAGCGCCGUGAGGUCUUUCGAAAGUCAGGUGCCACCUGCGGACGCUCAGACACCUAUUACCAGAGUCCUUACGCUGGAUUCAUUAAUCUUGAAUUGGCGGGCAACCACAGCUGCAGACCUCAAUCUACGCCCCACAGGAGACAGGAUCCGAAGCAAAGUUGAGCUCACCCGAUACCUGGGCCCUGCGUGCGACCUCUCUCUCUUUGACUUCAAACAAGGCAUCUUGUGCUAUCCAGCCCCCAAGGCCCAUUCCUUGGCUGUCCCCAGCAGGAAGCGGAAGAAGCCUUCAAAGCCAGCCAAGGCUCGGAAACGUCAGGUUGGCCCCCAAAAGAGUGAGGUCAGGAAGGAGACCCCAAGGGAUGAGACCAAGGCUGACGCUAACCCAGCCCCAGCUUCACUUCCUGCACCUGGGUGCUGUGAGAACUGUGGAAUCAGCUUCUCAGGGGAUGGUACCCGAAGGCAGAGGCUCAAGACUUUGUGCAAGGACUGCCGAGCACAGAGAAUUGCUUUCAACCGGGAGCAGAGGAUGUUUAAGCGUGUGGGCUGUGGGGAGUGCACAGCCUGCCAGGUAACAGAAGACUGUGGGGCCUGCUCCACCUGCCUUCUGCAGUUGCCCCAUGACGUGGCAUCGGGGCUGUUCUGCAAGUGUGAGCAAAGACGGUGCCUCCGGAUUGUGGAAAGGAGCCGAGGAUGUGGAGUAUGCCGGGGCUGUCAGACCCGAGAGGACUGUGGGCGUUGUCGAGUCUGCCUUCGCCCUCCCCGCCCUGGUCUCAGGCGCCAGUGGAAGUGCGUCCAGCGGCGUUGCUUACGGCACCUUGCCCAUCGCCUCCGUCGCCACCAUCAGCGAUGUCAACGACGCCCUUCCCUAGCUGUGGCUCCCCCUGCUGGUAAACAUGGCCGCCGCAGGGGAGGCUGUGACUCCAAGGUAGCUCCACGGCGGCGGUCCCGAGCACAGCCACUGCCUCCGCUUCUCCCGUCACAGCCUCCAGAGUCUCCAGAGCUGCACCCCAGAACCCUGGCCCCCUCGCCACGUGCCGAAUUCAUCUAUUACUGUGUAGACGAGGACGAGCUACAGCCUUAUACGAACCGCCGGCAGAAUCGCAAGUGUGGGGCCUGUACAGCCUGCCUGCGGCGGAUGGACUGUGGCCACUGUGACUUCUGCUGUGACAAGCCCAAAUUUGGGGGCAGCAACCAGAAGCGCCAGAAAUGUCGUUGGCGCCAAUGCCUGCAGUUUGCUAUGAAGCGGCUGCUGCCAAGUGUCUGGGCAGGGUCUGAGGAUGGGUCAGAGCCGCCCCCACCUUACCCUCGUCGAAAAAGGCCUGGCUCUGCUCGAAGGCCUCGUCUGGGUCAGACCUUGAAGCCUCCCUUGGCCACACCUACAGCCCGACGAGACCAUACCCAGACUUCAAUGAAGCAGGAAACGGGCGGUGGCUUUGUGCUGCCCCCACCUGGCACUGACCUUGUGUUCUUACGGGAGGGUGCAAGCAGUCCUGUGCAGGUGCCUGGCCCAGCUCCAGCUUCCACAGAAGCUUUGUUGCAGGAGGCCCAGUGCCCUGGCCUGAGUUGGGUUGUGGCCUUACCCCAGGUGAAGCAAGAGAAGGCGGAUGCCCAGGAAGACUGGACACCGGGCACAGCCAUCCUGACUUCUCCUGUAUUGCUGCCGGGCUGCCCCAGCAAGACAGUAGAUCCAGGCCUUCCAGCUGUGAAGCAAGAGCCACCUGACCCUGAGGAGGACAAGGAGGAGAACAAGGAUGACUCUGCCUCUGACUUGGCCCCAGAGGAGGAGGCAGGAGGGGCUGGCACGCCCGUGAUCACGGAGAUUUUCAGCCUGGGUGGAACCCGCCUCCGGGACACAGCAGUCUGGUUGCCAAGGUCCAAGGACCUUAAAAAACCUGGAGCUAGAAAGCAGUAGACUGGAGGCUUCUGCAGACUGUAGGACUCAAGGUGAUAUUUACAGACCGACUCUAUGAGAGACAACACUGAUCUGCUCAGAGGCCGGACCAUAGAUGGAUUGCCAGGGCUUGUGUGGGAAUCAAUAGGAACUGGGAAAACCUACCACCAAAUACGAGGAGCAGGCCUGCUCAGUACUUUGAGCUUAUAGAGGAAGUAAGCAGAAAAGGAAAAAAAGAGUAGAAAGUUGUUCUGUCUGCUCCAAUCGGUGCAAAUCCCAGGAGUCUGAGUGCUAAGAAGUGUGGAUAUUAAGGAGGGGGGGAGUUGGGGUCGGGGAGGGGAUGUAAUUUAAAGCCACCUUCAGCCUAAACAAGCCAUCAUCAUAAAUAAUUUUAAGUGGCUUUGGAUGAGACCUGGCAGUGUCUCUAAACAUUUCCUCAGGGAGACAGCAGUUGAGAAUGUAAUGUAAAUAAGUGAGGAAAGGAACUGCUCUUUGGUGAGUUCCUCUUAUGGACCUAAUUUAUUUAAUACUCAUUAUAGUCUUUGUAGGAAGGCAUUGAUUUGGCCCCUUUUUGCAGACAGUAAAACUGAGACUCAAAGAAAUUAAAUAACUUGUCCAGUGUCAAACAGCUAGUAUUGAUAGAGCCUAGAAUCAAACCUAGGAUUGUAAAAGCCUUGUUCUAAGUUAAGCCACUAAACUGUAAACUAUAACCUAUAUCCAAUAGUGUGUAAUAAUGUUAUAGUAACAGAAGUUUCCAGUGACCUUGAAAACAAGAUGGAUUUCUCUAAGCAUUAAAACAAAUCCCUUACAUUGCUGCCCCGGGGAUGGUUUUAGGGAGCGCCAAGGCAGCGUGGAUGUGGAUGGUGUCACCUUAGCAGAGCAUCUGUGCCUCCUGAGACUGGGUUCUUCCCAGGUCUUGGGUGCUGCAUAGCAUUUCUCAAACACUAAAGGGCAUCCUUUCCCACAGGCUGCUGCUUGUUAUAGUCACUUCCUAUCCUCAGCCAAAGCAAUCUUCAGAAGUAAAGCUCCUGACCUGGCUCAUCUUUCCUCACAAAUUACGUCCCCUGUUCCUUGGUGACCUUUGUGCUUGGUUUCUGCUCUCAGCCCCUAUCUGCUAGGAAUCUGAGAUCCUGCUUCAAGUCCUGCCUAAGGGCUAGUCUUGGAGCUCAGCCCUGCCUCACUUUUUAUUCUUCAUAAAGUGCCAAAAAGAUUAGACCUGUGAUUCAUUACUUAGUUAGCUUUACAGGGCUGGAGCUGAGUGCAUGCCUCCAUAAAUUUGGUAGCCUGUCUGCCUCCCUUGCCUUACUCUAGUCCCAGCCCUGUAGCUUUAGAUAAUUCAGAUGUAGAUGAAACAUUUCUUCUAAUUCAUACAGUCCUCUGCUGCCCUCCUCUGCUCCUUCUUUUGCCUCACCCUACCUACUUCAGCCAGAGUCAAGACUGGAUAAUUGUUUUGCUGCCCCCAGGGUCCAGCCACCCAACCCCUAGUAUCCUGGUAAUUUUGACAGUAGUGUCCUAAGUGAAAGUUAUUUGAGUAGCAUUCUGACUCGAGAGAUAAAAGAGUGUGGUUACUGUGUGAAUCAGGAUACAAUCAGAAAAGCAUCACCACUAAUAUAAAGAUUAUACAUA